AUGCUGACAAGCUGGGUGCCCGAGGAAGAGAGGGUCUCAGUCUAUCAGCGUAUCGUGCAGUGGGAGGAACGCUUGAAGGAGCUGAGGACUUCCUGUGUUGGUGUCGCCUAUGAAGAUGGCAUCUCUGGGGUCCAGACGCUCGGCGGGAGCCAGCAGCCGGUUGACAUUGUGAUCGACGCAUGCCUCUGUUCGGACGUCGAGAAGAAUUUCAAGUCCUACAAAGGCAUCCUCACGCUUUUUGAAACCGUUCCCCAGGCCAUCUUUGGCCAUGUGGACUGCCCACCGGAAGGUGAGGUCGACGUGCUUGUGAUUGGUGAUUCCUCCACGGCUCUGGUUGACUAUCCGGACGAUCCCAAGAAGAGAAAGGUGAUCAGCCUGGGGGAGAUCCUUGCACAGUCGCCGCCUACUGGUGUGCGCAAGGUCCAUUGGAAAAUGCGUUGGGGGAAAGGCCUUGGUUCCAUCCAUACAGGUAUCUGGGAAGCCAUGGACGAGAUUGCCGAGACGUGCAAGAAGGAGGGCAUCCCACAGAUACCGACCCUGGUCCUUAUCGGAUGGGCGGGAAAUGACGUGUACGGUGAAGGUGGAUAUCGUGGAUGCACAUGGAUCCAUCAGUCACGGUACAGCCGAACUCCCGCCGACCGGAAGGUCGCUGCCGAAUUUACUGAGAAGCAGCAUCGAAGGGUCAUCAACGCAAUGGACGAGAUCAUCAAGAUGCGGAGGCAUACCAUGAUCCGUGACAUUGUGGUCUUCGGAUGUGGGGACUCCUACUCAUAUGGACUCCCACCAUCGUAUGGGCUGGAGAUGGGUCGGUGCUUUGAACACCUCAUUGCUGGGGGGGUGAGGUGCGUUUCGACGUGCAUGACCUCGGCCUUCAGCACGAGGUAUGACAAGCUCCACAUGACGGACCUCCCAUCGAACCGAACUCUCAUGAUAAAGUUUUUGAGAUGCAUGAUCCGAGCCCAUUUGAUCGUCAUGCAGAUCGAAGAGUUGGAGCCAAUCUUGCGCCAGAAGGCGUCAUUCUUAGAUGACGACCCCGAGGAACGCAUGAAGAUUGUCUAUCAAUACCCGAACCUGGCCCAAUUCAAGUUCUCACUCUCCAAGACGGAAGCCCAGACUGCUGAUGAGCAUCUCAUGGACUACAUGGCCGAGCUGAACGAAGUCGCCGAGGAUGAAGCCACCCGGGAGGGUGCGCCGAAACCCAUUGAGUUUUCGGAAAGCGACCUCAAAUCCAUCGUACCGGUCUUCAAGGACGACGUGGAUUCUGAUGAGGAAGAGGCCAGAAUGAGGGAGCAUCUACAGGCUGACUUUGAUGAUGCCGCCGAUUCCGACUGGUCUCCGGUGCGGAGCGAAGCAACGGAGAACAUCCCUGGGAUUGAUGAGUGGGAAGCCAUCGACGACUCCCGCCCCGACAUUGUGCACAACAUCUUUGAUCGUGAAGACAAUGUUGAAAGCCACACUGAGGUGGACUAUGGGGCAGACGUUGAGGAAACCGCGGAGCCUGUCGAUGAGUUUGCUGACGCCAUCGUAAUCCAGGAUGACGCCAUGGACGUCGACAAGACCGAGACAGAGACCAAGGACGAGGCUGGGAAUCUGGACGAUGUCAUGGUGAUUGAAGAGCCAGAGACCGGCCACCCUGCGGUUGAGGUCACGACUGAGGAGUCCAAGGCGCCUGAGACGGAGGGGGCUGCUGCCGGGGGGACUGUUGCCACCGAUGCCAACACCACCACAGCUGAGGGGUCGAAGCUCGCCGGGAGGCCUGCCAGUGAUGAGAAAGCAGCGUCGUCGUCAACGGGGCCCAAGCCAGAGGCAAAGAAGAUGCCAUUGAGUCAUCACACCGCCAAGGCGCCCACCAAGUUGAUGGAUGAUGUUGCCAAGCUCAAGCUCGAGCAGGCGAAGGAGAGGCUUGAAGACUCGGUAUGGCUUGAUCCGACUGACUUGAACAGCAGGAUCCCGUACAAGAACGUCAAUGCCAAUGGCCGUCUCCGAGAAAUCUCAGGAAAGAUGUCGAUGUACCUUCGCGGUCACGCACUUGCUGAUGGUUAUCCAUCACCGGAGAUGGACUUCACCGACUUGUCGAUGGAUUGGGUAGAGCUGCGCAACCACUUGAACAACAAGAUCAGGAACGUGGUUGAUUGGGAAAUUCUCCAAGUCAUCCGCAGACGCAAAAGCUACAACGAACGGGUCAAGAAGUCAAAGGAUCAGGACGAAAGUGUUGUCCAAGCCCUCGUCCAGUCGAAGCGUGGCAAGAGCAUGGAUAUGCUGUUGGAGCAAUGGUCGUCAUUUUUGACAGGAGUGGAGCCCGGCAAAUUCUUUGCAUUGGUUCAGCCCAAAGCCCUUUCAGGUGUGAUCCGCGACAUGGAGGCUGCAGAAGGCAUCGAGUCCGAAGAGAUGAAGAACUAUCUGUUUGCCUACUAUGCGGCGGUGUCCAACUCUGAGGUCAUUGAAGGACGAGGAAAGGGCAAAGGCAAGAACCGAGGAAAAGGAAAGGGCCGCCACCCGGGAGGGAAGGCCGGUGUCAUCACCCAGAUGAGGAUCGAGGACCUCAAGUACCAUGAUUGCGUCACCGCCCAAAAGGUGACCAUUCCCUUCCGAAAAUGUGAGAAAUGCGACCAGAAUAUGCUGGACGGCAUGGCAAAAUGCCCCUCUUGCUACAUUUCCAUGGAGGCCUGGAGCGACAACAGAGUGGCAACUGAAAUCUGCCGGUUGGAAAGCCGUGCCGCAGAAAUCCAUGGCGUAUUCGCCCUCAGCCAAGUCAGCCAGGUGCAGCCCAGAAAGCACCGAGCUGGAUCUGAGGCACGCCAGAGGAACCGUGCGGGACGUUCCAAUUUCGGCGUCAUGAAGGAAAACUAUGACGAUUUGGUCAGCUUCGCGAUCCAAAAUUGGACCGAUAAUCAUGGUGCCUUGGAUUGGAAUGUUCACACUGAUGAGCCUAUUGCAGAGGCGAGCACCGUGACAUUCCCUGCAGCCAUGGGUCCAAAGAAGACGGAAGGGUUGAUUGACAACCCACGCCGAAGGCUGCUAUCGGUGUGGGGCCCAAGACCACUGGCAGAGGACUGUCCUUACCGCGGCAUGGACGCGCAUUACACGCGCCGUGUUCGAAGAGGUGAAUGGGGAUAUGCCCGGGAUGAAAGUGGCGGCCACCGCAGGUCUGGGUGGUAUGCCGACCAAUGGCGUUAUGCCGACAGCUGGCGCCAGUGGAACUACGGCUACGAGGACAGGAGGUGGGGAAAAGGGAAGAAUGACCCCAAGGGCAAGACCCACGACACUAGCUACGUCAAAGGACCUGCCAAAGGACAGGGCAAGGGAAAAGGACGCAGCUACUCGGGAGGGUAUGCCGCAGAUCGCGAACGUGAGAGAUCUCCACCCCCUUCUGGUGGUGCAUCUUCGUCCGCUGGACCUCCACCUCAGAAUUACCGCCCUGGGCGUAACACCAGAGUGAUCGAUGCUACGACCCAUGAGACCGUCACGAGCCAUGGUGUGAUCAGAGAACGUGUUGUCGAAGAAGCCGAUGGCACAAUGUACACUGAGAUCACCUUCCCUGAUGGCCUUGCGGCCGGCCGCUCCUCCAGGGCCAGGGCGAGGGUGAGGAGCCAGGAGGAUGACGUUCAAUGGGUCUUCGCUGGACGAGCUUGGUUCAGACCAGCAAUCCAGCAAGUGAAGAACCAGCCAAAGGAGGUUUCCUUCGUCUCCUUGCUGGGCUGGUCUCUAGGUGGUUUGGUUUGCCUGGAGUAUGAUGACUCUCCGUGUGGUGCGUACCGGGAGGUUGUGGACAUGGGUUCCGUAGUGGUGCGUGGAGGCGCCAUUGGUCAGUGGGGUUCACGGCUUUGCGUCUCUAGUCAAGAGGCCGAAGAUUUAUGCCGUGCAGUCUGGGGCGUUCCAGCUGAGUGCCGGAGCAUUACCUUUGACAAAGGCACUUCCCAGGGCUUGCGCUGCAGCACCAGCGGUGAUGCCGUGAAAGUCACUGGAUGGGAGGCUCUACACCUUGAGGAUGCGUCGGGACUUACGGUCAGCAUUCCAGGUCGACUUCCCAUUUGGUGGACACCCACCAUCAAGUCACUGUGGCUUCCUCUGAGACUUGGAAAAAGCGAGGAUGGGCUCAAGUUGCAUCGCAUCUUCCUCUCAGCCGAGAAGCUCUCCUUGCAGUGGCACUGGCCAGGUGACGAUACACCGAACACUGGCGAUGCGGAGGGCGUGCCUUUGCCGUUGUCCAUCCUUGCUGAUGGUCCCCUGGCGAUGGGUGAGACAUGCUGGAAGUCUCCGCAAGACAACGAGCACCACGAUUUAGUGCAGGUGUCAGCUUAA